AUGUCUACUAGAAGCAAUGAGAUGCAGAAGUCUUCUUUUAUACCUAGCCAGACAAAACCAUCUGCUUAUCAGCCUGCUGCUUCAGUACCUUCUUCUAGGCCUAGUAAAUUUGAACCAAAAUCCCUCCAUACCCCUGCUGAGAAACCAGACAGCAGGCAACAGACAACAUACAGCCAUGGUGCAGGGGACUUUUCCAGAACUGAUGGGUUCCAGGCAGCUGAAGACUUGUCAGAUCUUGGUUGGGAUUUCUCUCAACCAGAGAAGCCAAGCAGCACUUACCAACCACCAGACAGCAGCUACAUGUACUGUGGGUACCAGACCGGUGGUGGAGUCUGCGAUCCCUCUCAUAAUUACGGCGAAAGCAACCCUUAUUGGGAUCCUGGGUGCCACAACCAAGGACCAGGAUACAACUACGGCAAAACCGGUGUUCCCGUUCCCGACUCUCUCACACAUUGUUACAACGAAGAAGAUGACGAUGUUGAGGAUGAUGAUCUUGGUUGGGAAGAUGACCACGGGCACCAUCACCAGGCCAAUAAGUUAUACUACGACCGAUCCAAGGAAACCGGAUCGGUGCAAGCUCAUGAAAUCAGCAGCAACUCUGUGAAAGAGAACCUGGCGCGAAACGAAAAGAAGGACCAGCUCGGUAGGGACAGGAGUGAGAUGAAAGAAAGGGGGCCGCCCAAAAAACGGCGGCAGGAGCUGGGGAGCGACUCAGAGAACGACGCAGAAGCCCUGGAGAAAAGGAGAGCGAAAGUGGAGGCCGGCUUGUUGGAAUUCGCUGGCCAAAAACGAGGAAAAGCCGGCACCAUCUGCCCUAUGGACGAGUUCAGAGACGCUCAACACUGGAAGGAGUUUUCCAAACAAGGAAGAAUGCCUCCUUACUUCGACCUCAUUGAAGAGAACGUGUAUCUAACAGAAAGGAAGAAGAAUAAGAGUCACCGGGACAUUAAGAGGAUGCAGUGUGAGUGUCCUCUGCUCUCCAAGGAGGAGAGGGUCCAAGGAGACGUGGCCUGCGGAGAGGAUUGUCUCAAUCGGCUGCUCAUGAUCGAGUGCUCCUCCAGGUGUCCGAACGGCGAUUACUGCUCCAACCGGCGUUUUCAGAGGAAGCAGCACGCCAACGUGGAGGCCAUCCUGACGGAGAAGAAAGGUUGGGGUCUCCGGGCCGGCAGCGACCUGAAGCCGAAUACAUUUGUCCUGGAGUACUGCGGGGAAGUUCUGGAUCACAAGGAGUUCAAGGCGCGUGUGAAGGAGUACGCCCGGAACAAGAACAUCCACUAUUAUUUCAUGGCGCUGAAGAAUGACGAGAUCAUCGACGCGACGCAGAAAGGGAACUGUUCACGUUUUAUGAACCACAGCUGCGACCCGAACUGCGAGACGCAGAAGUGGACGGUAAAUGGGGCAGAUUCGGGUCGGCUUUUUUACCACCCGAUUUGUUCCCCCGCCGGCGCAGAGUUGACCUUUGACUACCAGUUUCAACGUUAUGGGAGAGAGGCUCAGAAAUGUUUCUGCGGAUCUGGCAAUUGCCGGGGCUACCUGGGCGGCGAGAACCGAGUGAGCGUUCGAGCGGCUGGAGGCAAGAUGAAGAAGGAAAGGUCCCGCAAGAAGGAUUCGGUGGACGGGGAGUUGGAGGCUCUCCUGGAGAACGGGGAAGGUCUGUCUGACAAGAAUCAGGUCCUCAGCCUGUCCCGGUUAAUGGUCCGAAUCGAGACCCUGGAGCAGAAGCUCACCUGUCUGAAGCUCAUCAAGAACACGCAGUCCCAGUCCUGUCUGAAGCUCUUCUUGGAGUGUCACGGUCUGUCUCUUCUGUGGAUCUGGAUGGCUGAACUCGGUGACAGCCGGGGGGAACACGAACAACAGCAUCAAGUUGCAGCUGGAGAUCAUCAGAACGUUGGAGCUCCUCCCCAUCCCCAACAAGAACAUGCUGGAAGAGAGUAAGAUCCUCCCCAUCAUACAGAGGUGGUCUCAGACCAAAAUGGCCAUUCCGGCGCUGAGCGAAGGCGACGGCUACUCCAGCGAGAACACGUCGCGGGCGCACACCCCGCUCAACACCCCGGCUAACACGCCUGACCCCGCCGCCAAGCCAGCUGAACGUGGAGAUGGAGGGCGAGACCCCCAAGAAGCUGAUUCUGCGCCGGCUGAAAAUCGUCAGCGAAAACAGCAUGGACAGCGCGGCGUCCGACGCCGCCAGCGAGGUGGAAGUAAAGGACGUGUCCGUAAAACAAGAGGCCCCCGCCUCCGAGGAACAGAAAGAAGGGGAGAAAAUGAAGGAGGAGGUCAAAGUUGAGGAGCCUCCAACGCCAACCGAAGAGCAGCCAGCCUCUGUCCCCAAAUCUGAGGAGGACCCAGCGGCAGACGGGAACAAAGAAGCUUCGGCUGGUAUGGAAGUCUCCGAAACGGAGCCCAAGGACCCCGGUGGGCUGAAGGUAGAAGAGGCACCUGCGGUGGAGACCCCGUCUCAGGACGAGGAAGAGGGCAUCUCCGAUGUGGAGAGCGAGAGGAGCCAGGAACAGCCGGAUAAGAUGAUUGACAUGAGUGAGCUGGCCUCCAAACUCCUGGAGGGAUGGAAGGAUUUGAAGGAAGUCUAUCGGAUCCCAAAGAAGACGCCGGCGGAGAAGGAGCACCAUGACCGACACAGAGAGUCCUCCGGAGGAAACUACCAGACACCGAACACGAAGAGCCAGACCCGGGAGCGAGACUCCGAGCGCCAGAGCCAAAGGAAGCGCAAGCAGUCGCCGUCUCCUCCCUCCUUCUAUGAGCGCAGUGCAAAAAGGGGCGAGGACAGCAGGUAUGACACUCCCGCCACCUCCAAGAAGAAGAGUCGCCUUCAGGACCGGAAUAAGCUGUCCACGGAGGAGCGCAGGAAGCUGUUCGAACAAGAAGUGGCCCAGCGCGAGGCUCAGAAGCAGCAGCAGCAGAUGCAGAACAUUGGCAUGGCUUCUCCCAUCUCUUAUGAGUCUUUGCCGUACGGCACCCAGCUGCCCCCGCCUUACAUGACCUACCCUCAAGGUUACCCCAUGCAGUCCUUCAUGGACCCCACCAAUCCCAACGUAGGGAAGGUUCUGCUUCCCACUCCGCCCCUGGAUACUGUCAAUUCUCCCAACAGCUAUGACCCCUCUCAAGGUAUGGUCAACCCGGCCAUGAUGACUCCGCAGCCGGUCCCAGUGGUACAACAUGUAGCAGCCCCUAUGGACGUCCCCCACCCAGCAGUACGCCACGCAGCCCGAGCCUAUGGUCCCACAGGACCCCAAUGUGAAUGUAAUGCCAGUACCGGCCCCCAGCGCUGUGCCAACUCAGACCUAUGGCGCCUGGGACCCCAAACAGUCGGCGGUGCCCGUUCAGCAGCAUCAAGCUCAGCCUCAGUACCCACCACCCCCCUGCACAGCCUGCAAUCUACUACCCAGGACAGCCCUGCUCGGCCAUGUAUGGGAUGCCGGCCCCCUAUCCUCAGACCACGCAAGCCAUGGUGCAGGGUUACAGCCAGCCAGGCCUGCAGUACAUGACAGGGCAGCAGAUGUACGCACCUCACCCGCAGGGUGUCGUCAUGCAGCAACCUCCGCCCGUGGCGGCCAUCGUUCCUCCCGGACAGCCACCAGCAUUGCAGCAGCCUGAGAUGGGAAUAGCUGGCAACAACAUUAUGGACCUUCCUCCACCUUCUCCACCCAAACCUAAAACCAUCGUCCUUCCUCCCAACUGGAAGACCGCACGAGAUCCAGAGGGGAAAAUCUACUAUUACCAUGUAAUAACCAGGCAAACGCAGUGGGACCCUCCGUCCUGGGACAACGCCGGAGAGGAGGGAGUGAGUCUGGAUCACGAAGCCGAAAUGGACCUGGGAACCCCGACCUACGACGAGAACCCCAUGAAGUCUUCCAAAAAGGCUAAAACGGCAGAAGCGGACACAUCGAGUGAGCUGGCCAAGAAGAGCAAAGAGGUGUUCAGGAAGGAGAUGUCGCAGUUCAUUGUGCAGUGCCUGAACCCCUACAGGAAGCCGGACUGCAAGAUCGGCCGGAUCAACACCACCGAGGACUUCAAGCACCUCGCCCGCAAGCUGACCCACGGAGUCAUGAACAAGGAGCUGAAGUACUGCAAGAACCCGGAGGACCUGGACUGCAACGAGAACGUCAAACACAAAACCAAGGAGUACAUCAAGAAGUACAUGCAGAAGUUCGGCACCGUCUACAAACCCAAAGAGGACAUCGACAUGGAAUAG